UGACGAUGAGAUAACAUUCGGAAUACAACGAUAUAUAUCGCGUUCCAUAUAUAUAUAUAUAUUACCAAAUCAUAUUUAGAUUGGUAUUUUUACAUUGUAUAUCGAAAGGCAAAGGCAGGCCAGCUCCAAACAGCUGAUUGCAGUCCCAACUUGUCCGUGUGCGGUGUACGACUUGCUGAGGUGACUUGGAAAAUUUAAAUUUCAGUGUGGCUACGUGAUCGCACAUACUCCAACUAUGGCUGGUACAAAUCCAUUCAACAAUCUCUUGAAAACGCUAGAAGUCAAUGGAAAACAAUAUAAAUAUUUUGACCUGGCUGCAUUGGGGGAACAAUACAAUCGAUUACCCUAUUCCAUAAGAGCUUUAUUGGAAUCAGCAGUGCGUAAUUGUGAUAAUUUCCAAGUAACCAAAGGUGAUGUUGAGAACAUCUUCAACUGGGAACAGAAUCAAGCAAAAGAAGAUGCCAUCGAAGUUGCUUUUAAGCCAGCUAGGGUUAUCCUCCAGGAUUUCACUGGAGUUCCUGCUGUUGUUGAUUUUGCUGCCAUGAGAGAUGCUGUGAAAUCUCUUGGUGGGGAUCCAGAAAAAAUCAAUCCAAUCUGUCCAGCUGAUUUAGUUAUUGAUCAUUCUGUUCAAGUGGAUUUUGUCAGAUCUUCGGAUGCUUUGCAAAAGAAUCAAGAUCUUGAGUUUGAAAGGAAUAAAGAGAGGUUUAUGUUUUUGAAGUGGGGUGCUAAAGCUUUUAAUAACAUGUUGAUUGUUCCACCUGGUAGUGGAAUAGUCCAUCAGGUCAAUUUGGAAUACUUGGCUAGGGUCGUAUUUUCUGGACAAGAAGAUUCAGUUUUAUACCCAGACACAGUUGUCGGAACUGAUUCUCACACGACUAUGAUCAAUGGAUUAGGUGUUCUUGGUUGGGGUGUUGGUGGUAUUGAAGCUGAGGCUGUUAUGUUGGGACAAGCAAUAAGCAUGUUGCUUCCACAGGUUGUUGGAUACCGUCUUCACGGAAGUUUGGGUCCAUACAUAACGUCCACUGAUCUUGUUCUCACCAUUACAAAACAUUUACGUCAAUUGGGUGUUGUUGGUAAAUUCGUGGAGUUUUAUGGCCCUGGUGUUGCAGCUCUUUCGAUAGCUGAUCGUGCUACCAUUGCCAAUAUGUGUCCGGAAUAUGGCGCGACUGUUGGAUUUUUCCCUGUUGAUAAAUACUCCUUGAAGUAUCUUAGGCAAACUAAUCGUCCCGAGGAUCAAGUAAAGAUGAUUGAAGCUUAUCUGCAGGCUACCGGACAGUUAAGGGAUUAUGAAUCCGGAGAAUUCGAGCCGAUCUUCAGCCAAUCUGUUGGAUUAGAUUUGUCCACUGUGGUCUCUUCAGUGAGUGGACCAAAGAGGCCUAACGAUCGCGUAUCGGUCUCGGAGAUGAAGGAUGAUUUCAACAAAUGCUUAAGCAAUAAGGUUGGCUUCAAAGGAUUUGGAUUGCCAAACAACAAAUUGAAUACCACAGCAAAAUUCAUGCACAAUGGAAAACAAUAUUCAAUUGGCCAUGGCAGCGUCAUAAUUGCUGCAAUCACUUCUUGUACAAAUACGAGCAAUCCUAGUGUUAUGCUCGGUGCAGGUCUGCUAGCAAAGAAUGCCGUCGCCGCUGGUCUUACAGUCGCACCGUACAUCAAAACCAGUCUUUCGCCUGGUUCUGGGGUGGUCACCUACUAUCUGAAGGAAUCUGGAGUGAUACCCGCUCUUGAGAAAUUGGGCUUCGAUAUUGUAGGAUAUGGGUGCAUGACCUGUAUCGGCAAUAGUGGUAGCAUCGACGAAAACAUCGUCAACGCAAUUGAAUCGAAUGAUUUAGUGUGCUGCGGUGUCCUCUCUGGUAAUCGUAACUUCGAAGGUCGCAUCCAUCCGAACACGAGAGCCAAUUAUUUGGCCAGUCCUUUGCUUGUCCUUGCUUAUGCAAUUGCUGGCACCGUCGAUAUUGACUUUGAAGUUGAACCUCUUGGGAAGAAACCAGACGGAAGUCCAGUAUUCUUGAGAGACAUUUGGCCAACCAGAGCUGACAUUCAAACUGUCGAACAAAAACAUGUAAUUCCAGCAAUGUUCCAAGAAGUGUAUGCUAAAAUUGAGACUGGAUCUGCGAGUUGGCAAAGCCUCAACGCUCCAGCUGGUCAAUUGUAUCCCUGGUCCAAUGAAUCUACUUACAUCAAAAGACCACCAUUCUUCGAUGGUAUGACCAAGGACUUGCCAAUCAGUAAGCCAAUUAACGGUGCCAAAGUAUUAUUGUUCUUGGGAGAUUCUGUCACCACGGAUCAUAUUAGUCCAGCAGGUUCGAUUGGCAGAACUAGUCCCGCUGCCAGAUUCUUAGCACAAAGAGGUUUAAGCCCUAGGGAAUUUAAUUCAUAUGGCUCUCGCAGAGGAAAUGACGCAAUUAUGGCCAGGGGAACGUUCGCCAACAUUCGUUUGGUUAACAAAUUCUUGGGCAAACCUGGACCAAGGACAAUGUAUCUUCCCACUAACGAAGAAAUGGAUGUAUUCGAUUGCGCCGAACGGUAUGCUCGUGACAACACAUCAUUGAUAUUGAUUUGCGGAAAAGACUAUGGAUCUGGAUCUAGUCGAGAUUGGGCCGCUAAAGGACCAUAUCUUCUGGGAGUUAGAGCCGUGAUCGCCGAAUCAUUCGAACGUAUCCAUCGUUCCAAUUUGGUGGGCAUGGGUAUUGUUCCAUUGCAGUUCUUAGAAGGUCAAAAUGCCGAAACUUUGGGAUUAACUGGCAAGGAAGAUUACAACAUCCAUUUAUCCACUGAUUUAAAACCUGGCCAGAACGUGCAAGUCACAACCAACACUGGAAAACAGUUUGAUGUGGUUUUGCGAUUUGACACUGAGGUAGAUUUGUUGUAUUAUAAGAAUGGAGGUAUUUUGAAUUACAUGGUUAGGAAAAUUGCUGCUUGAAAAUGUUAUUAACUGUAACUAAAGUAUAGCUGUGCUGCAUUUAUGUUACGAUGUUUUUACUAAUUGUUAUUACUUUUUAUAUACUUAUCAUCACAUAAGCAAACAAUUAAUUCGGUGACUUGUAUUUGUUUAUUUCAAUUGUUAUUUUGAGAUGACCGUUUUCCUUUAUUGGUUUUAUGAAUAAAUCGGUUGUGGUCCGUUUCUUUUA